AUGGUGACAGGAACGUGUCGGCGCCGCGGGCAGCACCAGGCCCCGCCGUCCUCUCGCCGCCUCCGGGGCGGGCAGGGCCCCCCAGGGAUGGGGGACACGAGGCCGCAGCCCCGCCGAGGCCCUGGCGGCGCCGCGGGGACGGAGCCGGGCCGCCGCUCGCCCCCGCCGCCCGCCGACGCGCUCGUCUUCGCCGGCUCGGGCCCGGACGACGUGGCGGCCGCUCGUGCCUUCUGGAGCUCGGCCGCCCUCCCGCCGCCCCUCGAGUCCCGCCUGGGCCCCGCCGCCCCGCGCCAGCCCCACACAUCCCCCGAGGCCCCACACCUCCCCCAGAAAAGUGAGAAAAACAGCCAGAAAGAGAGAAUCUUGGAAGCUCACAACAUGCAGAAAACUGAAGAAGAAAAAUAUCUUCAGCAGGCCAAGAAAAGAGAAGAAAUACUAGCUUUGCUGAGGAAACAGAGAGAACAAAGGAUUGCGAAAGAAUUGAUUUCUCAUCCAUAUAAACCAAAGACCAAAACAGAUCAAUUAAGGUCUGAGGUUGCUGACAAUCUGGUUAUGUUAUGACAGGCAGUUUCCUUUCUGGCACUUGGCUUUGACCUCCUGUAA